GCCGCCGCCGCGCGCCGGCCACUUGCUCUACACCGGCUACCCGAUGUUCAUGCCCUACCGGCCGCUCGUGCUGCCGCAGGCGCUGGCCCCCGCCCCGCUGCCCGCCGGCCUCCCGCCCCUGGCCCCGCUGGCCUCGUUCGCCGGCCGCCUGACCAACACCUUCUGCGCGGGGCUGGGCCAGGCGGUGCCCUCGAUGGUGGCGCUGACCACCGCGCUGCCCAGCUUCGCGGAGCCGCCCGACGCCUUCUACGGGCCCCCGGAGCUCGCCGCCGCCACCGCCUCCUCCGCUGCCGCGCGGAACAACUCGGAGCCCGGCGGCCGUCGCGCGGAGGGCGCGCUGGAAGCGGACGAGCUGCUGCCGGCCCGGGAGAAAGUGGCAGAGCCCCCGCCGCCCCCGCCGCCGCACUUCGCAGAGACUUUCCCAAGUCUGCCGGCGGAGGGGAAGGUGUACAGCUCGGAUGAGGAGAAGCUGGAGGCCCCAGCAGGAGACCCAGCAGGCAGUGAGCAGGAAGAAGAGGGCUCGGGCGGUGACAGCGACGAGGACAGUUUCCUGGACGGUUCUGCAGGGGUUCCGGGGACUCUUCUGGGACCAAAACCGAAGCUAAAGGGAAGCCUGGGGACUGGAGCUGAGGAGGGGGCACCGGUGGCCCCAGGGGUCACUGCUCCUGGGGGGAAGAGCCGAAGGCGCCGCACAGCCUUCACUAGCGAGCAGCUUUUGGAGCUGGAGAAGGAGUUUCAUUGCAAGAAAUACCUGAGUCUGACAGAGCGGUCCCAGAUCGCCCAUGCCCUCAAGCUCAGUGAGGUGCAGGUGAAGAUCUGGUUUCAGAACCGUCGUGCCAAGUGGAAGCGCAUCAAGGCUGGCAACGUGAGCAGCCGUUCCGGGGAGCCUGUAAGAAACCCCAAGAUCGUUGUGCCCAUACCUGUGCAUGUCAACAGGUUUGCUGUGCGCAGCCAGCACCAACAAAUGGAGCAGGGGGCCCGGCCCUGACUGUGCUCCUGAGGACCAGAAGGCAGAUGAUCUGCACCUGGGCUUGCUCAAGACUCACUGGGUGCUGCUGACUAGAGGGGCCCAGUGCACCUGGCACUGAGAGAGGCCUGCUGUGCUCCCCAGAUUGCAGAUAUGGGCUUUGGCUUAAGACUGUGCCAGAGACCUUCAGG